GGCCAACCAAUUCAACCCAGCCCAGCCGCCUUCCAUCCCGCGUCCCGGAGGAGUUCCUCGACGGCACACCGAGAUCCUGCAGAUGACAAGGAUCUGAGGGCUGAUCUUCAAAGCUAAUAUCUACCCUAUCCGAUAUCCAUCUUGCCCCCACAAACCCCUUCCUAGAUAGGAGUGGUUGAAUCAGACAGUCUCAAUGCCUAAGAGCAGCAAAGUGACCCAGCGGGAACAAAGCACUGAGCCUGUCACUGAAUCAGUGGCUGACCUACUGGCCCUUGAAGAGCCUGUUGACUAUAGACACAGUGCCUUAAAUGUGGCUGCAGAAAACUGGAACAAACAGCAGGAUGGAGAGGAAGCUGGUGAAGACAGGCCAGCAUGGAAUAGCAAACUACAGUACAUUUUGGCUCAGAUUGGCUACUCUGUGGGGCUGGGGAAUGUCUGGCGGUUUCCAUAUUUGUGUCAGAAGAAUGGUGGAGGUGCCUAUCUGGUUCCAUAUCUGGUAUUGCUCAUCCUCAUUGGACUCCCUCUCUUCUUUCUGGAGUUGGCUGUCGGCCAGAGGAUCCGCCGGGGCAGUAUAGGAGUGUGGAAUUAUGUCUGCCCUCGGUUGGGGGGCAUUGGAUUUGCCAGCUGUCUUGUCUGCUUGUUUGUAGGGCUCUAUUACAAUGUGAUCAUAGGGUGGAGCAUCUUUUACUUUUUUAAAUCCUUCCAGUACCCUUUGCCUUGGAGUGAGUGCCCCAUCGUAAAGAAUGGCACAGUGGCAAUGGUGGAACCAGAAUGUGACAAAAGCUCUGCUACUACUUUCUUCUGGUACCGGGAUGCCCUGGACAUUUCCAAUUCCAUUUCAGAGAGUGGUGGGCUGAACUGGAGAAUGACACUAUGCCUGCUAGCAGCUUGGAGCAUUGUGGGGUUGGCCAUGAUCAAAGGAAUUCAGUCUUCAGGGAAGGUGAUGUAUUUCAGCUCUCUCUUUCCUUACGUGGUGCUGAUCUGUUUCCUGGUCCGGGGAUUGCUCUUAAGGGGGGCAAUAGAUGGGAUUCUGCACAUGUUAACUCCCAAGCUUGAUAAAAUGUUGGAUCUGCAGGUGUGGCGAGAAGCAGCCACUCAGGUCUUCUUUGCCCUAGGUCUGGGCUUUGGUGGAGUUAUUGCUUUCUCCAGUUACAACAAGCAGGACAAUAACUGCCACUUUGAUGCAGCCCUUGUCUCCUUCAUCAACUUCUUCACUUCCAUCUUGGCCACGCUGGUAGUCUUUGCUGUGCUGGGCUUCAAAGCCAAUGUCAUGAAUGAGAAGUGUGUGAUUGAGAAUGCUGAGAAGAUUCUGGGUUAUCUGAACACCAAUAUCCUGAGCCACGCGCUUAUUCCUCCCCAAGUGAACUUCUCCCAUCUCACGGCCAAAGACUACAGUGAGAUGUAUGGUGUGAUAAAGACAGUAAAGAAGGAUCAUUUCCAGAAACUGGGGCUGGAUCCUUGUCUAUUGGAAGAUGAGCUUAACAAGUCAGUGCAGGGAACUGGCCUUGCAUUCAUAGCUUUCACGGAAGCAAUGACCCACUUUCCAGCUUCUCCUUUCUGGUCAGUGAUGUUCUUCCUGAUGCUGAUAAACCUGGGCUUGGGGAGUAUGAUUGGGACCAUGGCUGGCAUCACCACACCCAUCAUUGACAUGUUCAAAGUGCGCAAGGAAGCAUUAACAGUUGGCUGUUGUAUUUUUGCUUUCUUCGUGGGGUUGAUCUUUGUGCAACGCUCAGGCAACUACUUUGUCAACAUGUUUGAUGAUUACUCUGCAACUCUGCCACUCACUCUUGUUGUAAUCCUGGAGAACAUUGCUGUGGCUUGGAUUUAUGGCACCAAGAAAUUCAUGCAAGAAUUAACAGAGAUGCUGGGUUUCCAGCCUUACCGGUUUUAUUUCUACACGUGGAAGUACAUCUCGCCCAUUUGCAUGGCUGGCCUAAUGACAGCCAGUGUGAUUCAGCUGGCAGUCAGUCCUCCAGGGUAUAAUGCCUGGAUCAGAGAAGAGGCAGCCGAGAAAUUUCUCUAUUACCCCAAAUGGGCUAUGGGUGUCCUUGUCUUGCUGAUCAUCCUGGCCACCCUUCCUCUGCCAGUUGUCUUCAUCCUCCGCCAGUUUCAUCUGGUAUCAGAUGGUUCGAAUGCCCUGUCUGUCACAUACAAGAAGGGGCGUAUGAUGAAGGACAUCUCCAACUUAGAAGACAAUGAUGAGACACGCUUCAUCUUGAGUAAAGUACCUAGUGAGACCCCUUCCCCAAUGCCUACACAUCGUUCUUAUCUGGGCCCAGGGAGCACAUCCCCAAUGGAGAUGAGCAGUGUUGCCAAUGGACGCUAUAGUAGUGGGUACCUUACGGCUACCACUCCUGAAUCCGAACUGUGACCUUCAACCAGCAACCUCCCCUGCUUCCUGGGUAAAGGAGAGAAGGUCAUAGAGAAGGAUCCUGUGCUUGAGAACCCCUUCCCAGAAUUUACAGCAGAGAUGGAGGAGCCAGAAAAUGUCGAGAGAGUGUAAAGGUGGGAAGGGGCCUUCUCCAGCUGAAAUACCGGAUCCCUCCUCAGUGAAUAACAGUAAUAAGACAUUGCAAUAAAUUUCAUGGGCAUAAGGAAAAUUUUAGCCAGUUGCUAUUGAAAAACACAAAUUGUUCAUGCUUAAGCAGUCAGAGGCUAGAAAAGGGAGAUAAAAUAAGGCAACAGCCAAAGAAAAGAUUUUGUGCUUUCUGGAUUUCUCUCCUUGUUCAUCCCUUUCCUCUAGUGGGGAAAAGAGAUUUGUCUCAUUCCACUGAGUAUGUCUAAUAAUCUCCAUUCAUAGCACAAGGAAUACUCUCGUGAUAUGGAUUCCACCAGACCACCUGUGGUUUGACACUCUGAUAAUAUCCAAAUUGCACACCCUUGGUGAAUGCUUCUUACAAGUCUGGGCCAAGAUAUAUCUUAUGUAGACAGCACAUACAAUGCCUGGCGAUGCCAUCAUGUGAUAUCUGCCACGUCAUUGCUGAUGUUGGAUCAAAACCUGUAAGAAUCAAGGGAAUCUUGUUUCAGUGAAGUUUGCAUUGUUAUGUUUGCUAGUGUUACUCACAGUG